CAAAAUUAAUUUGCCAAAUCCACUAAUCGUUUUGUCCUUACUUUUUACAAAGAAAAUAUCUGCUACAAUGGCAAAUCCUAAGGUCUUCUUCGACAUGACGAUCGGCGGCCAACCGGCUGGCCGGAUCGUGAUGGAGCUCUUCGCUGACUGCACUCCCCGCACGGCAGAGAACUUCCGUGCCCUUUGCACCGGCGAGAAAGGCGUCGGGCGUAGCGGAAAACCCCUCCAUUACAAAGGCUCGAGCUUCCACCGCGUGAUCCCCAACUUCAUGUGCCAAGGGGGCGAUUUCACCGCCGGAAACGGCACCGGAGGCGAAUCCAUAUACGGAGCCAAGUUCGAGGACGAGAACUUCAUCAAGAAACACACCGGGCCGGGGGUGCUCUCGAUGGCUAACGCCGGACCUGGAACGAACGGGUCUCAGUUCUUCAUUUGCACCACCAAGACGGAGUGGCUGGAUGGGAAGCACGUGGUGUUUGGACAAGUAGUUGAAGGCAUGGACGUGGUUCGAGCCAUCGACAAGGUGGGUUCUAGCGGUGGAAGGACUUCCAAGCCCGUUGUUAUUGCAGAUUGUGGACAGCUUUAAAAAAACACCCAAUGUGGUUUGUUCUUGUUGCUGUUUUCAUGUCUCAAGUUUCAAGUUUUGUUGGUGGUUCUUCUAGAACU